AUUGGUUCUUAGUACCUUACAUGUUUUCAUUUCAUGUUUGUUCUAAUUACUUUUGAUCAUUGUUUAUUGAAAUCAUGCAUUUCAUUAGGUGGUCAAUUUAGUUUUCUCAAAUAGGAAUAGGAUCUAGAUGCGAUGCCAAGCCACUAGUAUACUUAUUUAAAUGUCACCUAACUGCUCACAAAAUUCAUGUUUGCUUCAAAUCUUGCAUAAUACAUUAUGCACUAAACAAACUAAAUCUUAUCAUGCACAUAGUUCUUAAUGAGCCUAUGAUUUAGUUUUUUUUUCCCCUUUUUGGGCAUAAGUUCAUAAUAAUACCAUGAGAACAUGUUUGGUGUUUUUGAAUCACUAAAAUAGACAUGCACCUUUCAGUUGAUUGAAACAUCUUUAACUGUGGUUGCUGUUUGUUUUGUAUUUGGGUUAUGCUGUUUUGGUAAGGGUGUGAUUGGCAUCUUAGAUGGGAGAGUUUGUUGCCGUCAUUCUUUCAUUCAAUAAAAUUUGUUCUGCUGUGAAUUUUUUUUUUACACAAAAAGUCCCUUUCUUCAUGCAAUCUUCUUGUGUUUCUUAUUGUAUCAUUUCGCCAUAAAUACUACACAAAUAUCUACCUCCAGAGGUACUUGUUUGCACUUUGUAAUUACUAUUAACUGACUAGGAGGCUUCUGUUCUGACUUUUCAAGUAUUUUUCAGGUGGGACAGUGGGAACUCUUUUCUUAAGUAUAUUUUUUGUGAUGACCAAGAUUAGUGGAAGAUGUGACAGCAAGGAAGCUGAUACUAGCUGGGGCGACACAAAGUGAAUUAUAUGUUUUUUUUUAUAUUUCAUAUCAAAGCUAUUGUGACUGUCUAUAUGACCAGUUGACAAAAUGCCAGUUAUCCUAUUUCUCUUUAAUACUAGUUAAGGAUCCUUGAAUGCCUUUUGUUUGAAACUAUAAGUUUUCUUCCAUUUAUAUCUUAGACUGCUUUGGGUGGUAUCUGGAAAUGAUUUAAUGAGAGGGGAUUAUGGAUUGAUGGACAGACCAAUGGCCUGCAUUUUAAGCAGUGUAUUGUAUACUUGAAACCAAUUGUUCAGCUACACCCAUUUCUACUUACUUCUUCUGCUUGGUCUUGUCUUCAUCCUUUGCCUCUGCAGUCAUCCUGAAAGUUGAGGAAGAAUGGAUGGCAACUACCUUACCAUUCACUUCAGGGUUUGCCUUUUAUGUGUUCUUUGCUCCUUUUGUUGGGAAGAAGGUGUAUCAGUACAUUGCUAUGGGCCUCUACACACCCCUGAUUACCUGUGUCUUUGGACUGUACAUUUGGUGUGCAGCAGCUGAUCCAGCAGAUUCAGGGGUUUUUAAGUCCAAAAAGUACCUUAAAAUUCCGGAUAGCAAAAAGCUUGGUGGACUGAAGGAUUCUAAACUUGGAGCGGAUUCGACUUCAUCAAUGCAUGAUGGAAAUGCUUCAACAGUUGGACCAAAAUCUGUGGAUAAGGAAGCAUUGGGAACAGAAGCAAGUUUUAAAGAUGCUGCUAUCUCAAUAGAGAAGAAAAGUGCAUCAUCACCUUUACUAUUAGUUUGCUCUCCUUGCGCUUAUAUCUGCUCCUGCUCUAGUUCAAGUGAAGAAUCUUCUGAUAAACAAACAAGUGAAGAUGGCAUGUUCUAUUGCAGUUUUUGUGAAGUUGAGGUAUUCAAGUACAGCAAGCACUGUAGAGUUUGUGACAAGUGUGUUGAUCGCUUUGAUCAUCACUGCAGGUGGCUUAACAACUGUAUUGGAAAAAAGAACUACCGACAGUUUUUCACCCUCAUGGUUGCUGCUCUCCUCUUGGCAGUCUGCACCAUUUUGGCUAUGCUUGCUACUUUACCUCUUGCUCAACUUUUCUUCUUUCAUAUUCUUCUCAUAAAAAAGUUUGAUGUAGUGCCCCCAGAAACAGCAUCUGUAAGUUCACUUGGAAAGAAGUCUAUCAGAGAAGAACCAGUUAAGAAAAAGAAUCCUGCAGCAGUCAAAAUUAGUCCAUGGGCAUUGGCAAGGUUAAAUGCAGAAGAAGUUUCCAAGGCUGCUGCAGAAGCAAGGAAAAAGUCGAAGAUUCUGCAGCCUGUGGUAAGACAGAAUGAGCCUUUCAGGCUAGAAGCAGAUCACAACUCCGGCAGCAGUGGGCGACGAAUGGCCCCCAGGAUUGAUAACAGAAGGCGGCCAGGUAAACGGGCUCGCAUGCCAGCUGACUUACCUACGGAGACCCUGACAAGGUUUUCUGCUAGUAAUAUGAAUAAAGGCUUCAGUGGAACAUCUAGUUUAGCAUCUCUCCAGCUUGAAGCACAGGGUGGAUUUCAAACAAGUCAAGCAGUGUCAAGCUCAGCUGGGAUUGUUGCUUCUUCUCCUGAAAGCAGUUUAGACUCGCCUGAUAUUCACCCAUUUCGCGUGUCUUCAACCGGAGCUGAAGAAGCAAGACGGCUUGGAGGUCUUUCCGCUGCUGCUGGUACUGCAACACUGAAGGAAUUCCCACUGUCAAGGUCAACAAGUGAUGGGUAUGAGGCCUCUGGUGGGGAAGAUAGUGACCAGGUUCCCACAAGGAUUGUUCAGAGAUCAACAAAUUGGUCUAAUCUUCUUUUCAGUGCUGAUCAGGAUGACAGAACUUAUGAGCCAAAUUCAUCAUCUAGCCUGGCUCAGCAUAGAAAGUGGUGACUGAUUUGGGAGACAACCAUCUCUGAGAUUAUUUGUUGGGAAUUGUUCAUUCUUUGAGAUUUGAACCCAAAGGUAAUUCAACAUCCCCUUAACCCUUACCUUCCUGAGGUUGAAGUUGAUGGUCCUCAAAAGUUUUGGAGGCAGGUUCAGUGGGAAACCAUGUACAAAAGUUUUAGGUCACAGUAACUGAUGAUGAGCCUGACCUUCCUAUAUUGUUUUGUGCACCUUUUCCUAAUGAAAUUUUAAUCAAGUCUUUAUGGAUGAUAUAUGCUUAAUAUGCAAAUUGUUUGCAACUUUGAAGAAUAUACAGGUGCCUAUAUUAUGGUCACACCUGGCUCGCAACCACAAA